CGAAGAGUUUUUGGAUCAGUUUGUGGACGAAAUGAACCACCUUUUAUGAACGGCCUGGUAAUUGGAACCCGCUUUUACUGGGUAGCCCCGCGUGCUAUCAUAGCAGAUGCUCCAGCACGUGCAUUCAUAAAAGGUGUUAAAGGGCAUAAUGCAAACAGCGGGUGCCAAAAGUGCACGAUCGUAGGGGUGUUGGACGGGCACCGGAUGUAUUUCACGUAUGAUGCGGAACGCCAGCCACGAAACCACAGCGACUUUUGCGAUGGCAAAUAUCCGACACACGUCAACAAACGCACCCCCCUUACCAGACUAUUAGGUUGUGAUAUUGUGGCCGAUUUUGUGGCCGAAGAUAUGCACCUACUGUACAAGGGCGUGGAGGCCAAGUUGAUCGAUUUGUGGAUAAAAGGCUUCCCUGGCCUGCCGUGUUACUUGCCACGCCGGCAACAACGUCAAGUGUCGGAGCACUUGCGCCUGUUAAAGCUCCCUACAGAUUAUCAACGCAAGCUGCGCGAUCUGCGAUACGUCCAACUCUGGAAAGCUUCCGAGUAUAGUAUGUUUCUGCUGGUUGCCGGUUUCGUGGUUCUAGAGGGUAGACUUGACGAUGCAGCGUACCAACACUUCAUGUUGUUGACGAUGGCUGUAACAUUCAUGACCACCACCUACCACCGCGCAAAAUGGGCACUGGCUGACUCAUUUCUGCAUAGGUUUGUGGCAGCCUAUGGAGAUUUGUACAGCCCAGUGCUUAUGAAUAGCAACGUGCAUAACCUGCUGCACGUUUACGAGGACGUGCGCAGGUUUGAGGGUUUAAAAACCAUAUCGGCCUUCAUUUUUGAGGCAUUUUUGCACGACCUCAAAAAGUUGGUACAUUCCGGGAGGCACAGCCUAGUCCAAGUGGUCCAUCGUUUGCUGGACCUGCAACAUGUCAUUGUUGCCAAGCGUCAGCAAAACAAACCGGUCGACGAACCAUCGGUGCGCACGGUUGGUGUUGAAACCAUAACGACCGUACGGGAGGGCUUCACGCUGCGGCAAAAUUUCCGCGAUCAGUGGUGUAUGUCCAACUCGGGUGAGGUGGUCCGGUACGAAACGGCCACAAAAUCGGGCAACGCAAUUACAGUGCAGGGGUAUGGUUUCUUGAGGCAGGUGCCAGCAUUUACAGAACCGUGCCUCUCGACGGAGGCGAAUAUUUACUCGGCCAGCAUGGACGACUUAAACAAACGUACCCUUAAACACUACCCCAGCAGUACCUUGCUGUGCAAGUUAGCUGCAGUGCAGACAGCGCGAGCCGGGGUAUACACAUUUGUACCAUUGACACACACUUAUGUAAAUGAAACCUAA